UCCUUAUCACAAAACACAAGACCAAAUAAUAACGAAAACAAUCAUUUCAUGGAUACCCAAUAUGAUACACUCAUGCCACACCACCAACAGCAGCAGAAGCAGCAACAAAUGAGCACAAAAACAAUGGUAAUCGCAGCCAUAGUGGGAGUUACAAUAGGAGGACCACUUUUGGCGUUGAUGAGUUUCAUUUUCAUAACAACAAUGGCUCUAUUUGUGGUCACCUCACCGCUUCUCAUCAUAUUCAGUCCUGUUAUAUUGGGGGCUGGGUUUGUGAUUGUAGCUGCUAUGGCCGGGUUCGGGGCUGCGGGCUUGUUGGCGAUCGCAGGGGUGUCGGCUUUGGGGUGGGUCUUGCGGUCGGUUAAAAGCGGUCAGUUUCAGCAGGGGCUGGAAAGUGUGACCGGGAAGUUGUUGGAGACUGGAGAGAAUGUGAAAGAAAGUGUGAAAAAUACCGGGAAAGAGUGGGCUGGUAACCUGAAACAGACGGUGCAGGACUCACCGGAAAAUGUGACGGCAAAUAGAGCUUAGGUGUGAUUUGUGAUGAAGAUAAUAAUUGUACGUUGUUGUGGUGUAUUAAUAUAAUAAUAUAAUAAAGAAUGUGUUCAUGCACGAAUAGGGUGGGGGUGGGUUGGUUAAAAGUUAAAAUUAGUGAGGGUAUGAAUCUUUUACCUAGGUGGGGUCGAACCAAGAGAUUCAUGUCAUGUAUUUCCUUGCACAUAGGAAGGUUGUUGGCUCAAGUGGUCGAACUUUGGUUAUAAUUUGUGGAAGGAUGAUUAUCUUA